GGAUUUUCUAGUGGAAGGAUUAGUUGAAAGGGACAUCAAGCGGCUUUCGGCCAAGCGAGAGAACGGCAUUUGGCCGCGGCGCCGAGCUCGAAUUCGGGGCUCGGAGGAUUUUUUCACUACGUUUGGCGAAUUGCACGAAUGAGAAUCAUGCCAUUGUUUCAGGUAGCUGUAGCGGGAACGGUGGACGACGAGAAUCUGGUACUCAAAUUGCUCCGAUGGCAGUUGAUUUCACGAUCACCGAUGUUUAGGGUUUAAUGACACAAUAUAUCUACCGCUGGAAUCGGUUCAUGUAUCGCCUCCCCUGUUAGCCUGUUCACUUCCCCCUGAGAGAUCUAUUCGGCAAUGACGGUCCCCAACGACACCACGACGACGAGCAAGCCCGCCGCCGCCACCACCCUCAACGUGGCCAUUAUCGGGGGCGGCAUCGUGGGCCUCAUCCUGGCUCUCGGUCUGCUCCGACACGGCAUCCGGGUGACGAUCUACGAGCAGGCGCAUGAGUUCCACGAGAUUGGGGCCGGGGUCGCCUUCACGGCCAACGCGCAGCGGUGCAUGGAGCUGCUAGACCCGCGCAUCUUGGCCGGGAUGAGGCGCGUCGCCAACAAGAAUCCCAACGAGUACUACCAAUACGUCGACGGAUACCACGACCGCUCUGGGGGCGAGGAGGAGCUGCUCUUCCAGAUCUACGCCGGCGAUGUCGGCUUCGAUGGUUGCCACCGCGCGCACUUUCUGGCCGAGUUGGUCCAGCUGCUGCCGCCGGGCGUGGUGCAGUUUCGCAAGCGGCUCGAUUCGUAUGCGAAUGAUGGGACUGAAGGGGGAAAAGUGCAAUUGCAGUUCUGCGACGGCACGACGGCCGAGGCCGAUCUGGUGGUCGGCUGCGAUGGCAUCAAAUCGCGGGUGCGACAGAAGAUGUUCGGCGAGGCUAACCCGGUCUCGCAAGCGCACUACACCCACAAGAUCGCCUAUCGGGGUCUGAUUCCCAUGGAGAGCGCCGUGGCUGCCCUAGGCAAAGAACGCGCCUUCAACCAGUGCAUGCAUAUGGGACCCCGCGCCCACGUGCUCAACUUCCCUGUGGCCAUGCACACGAUGAUGAACGUCGUGGCCUUCGUCCACGAUCCAGGCGACUGGCCACUGGAGGGCAAGAUGGAUGCGCCUGCCCGCCGCGACGAGGUGGUGGCGGCCUUCGCCGACUGGGGGCCUGCAGUCCGCGCCAUGAUCGACCUGCUGCCCGAUAUGCUGACCAAGUGGGCCAUCUUCGACACCUACGACCAUCCUGCCCCUUACUAUACGCUGGGCCGCGCUGUGGCUACCAUCACUGCUAUGGAGGGCAAUGAUCCCGACUCGGUGGCAGCGGUCAUUGCGGUUAGUCUCCAGGCGUACAGCCACGCCCGCCUCGAACGCAGCCAGUGGCUGGUCCAGAGCUCCCGGCAGGUAUGCGAGGUCUAUGAGUGGGCGCACGCGCAGGCCGGGGGGGACCCGGAUCGGUGCAAGCAGGAGAUCGAAUGGCGCGCCCAUCGCAUCUGGUAUCUAGAUAUCGAGCAGAUGCUGCAAGAUGCCAAAGACGGCUAUUGCCGCCAGCUGAAGGACUCACGGGGGGGGUCUUAG